AUGGCCCACGAACUCGACGACGUUAGCCACAACUUGGCCAAGCGGUAUCAAGAGAUGGAUUUGGCAAGCGCGAAUGCCCGAUCAUCUGGGAGCUCUAAGAAAGGCUUUAGCCAGGAUGAUCAGUUAAAGGGACUCUUCCGAUCAUUUACUGACAGGGUUGUGUCUGGAGGUAUGGUCAAAACACAUAGCCAUGUGGAAAUUGAUAGAAACAAGCUAACAGACAACGCAUCGAACCAGGGUCAAGAACAACAGGAGACAGGGGAUCCGGAAGAUCUGAAAGCUCUAGCCCGUCUGAACGGCGACGACAGACAUUACCUAGAUGUCGACGGUGCUGUUGUUGAGAUUACUGAUGAUGGACGUUUCAUUCGCAACGGCGUAGACCUGGGGGUUGAUGGACGCCAGCUCGACUUGCAUGUUGAGAGGCGUCGACGACCUCAGCAAUCUCAGCAACCCCCGCAACUUGUGCAACCUCACAGGCAACCUCAGCAGCAUCAAAGGCCUCAACAGUUUCAACAACCUCGGCAGUCAGGGCAGAAUCUUCCUGGUGAAAUGCAGCGAAUAGUAGCGGCCCUGGAAGGGGGUCCCGACUUUGACGUGAACGAGCUUCGAUUCCAGCAACAGGAAUGGGAUUUCUUGAAGGCGGAGAAUGCACAAAGGCUGCACAAUGAUACCUUUUACUGGCUACAAACUCCCCUAACCUCACCACCUAUCGACAUACAUACUCUAAACUCCACGCUUAUGACUGACCGGGGCGGGAGAGGCGGCCGUGGUGGAGCCUUCCGUGGUGGGGGCAGAGGAGGCCGUGGAGAUCGUGAAGGAAGCUUCCAAGGAAGCUUUCGAGGCGGCCGAGGAGGUGGUCGCGGAGGUGCACCACCAAACGACUCCAGAUCUAAAGUCUUCAGUAUCGAAGGUAAAAUUCCUGCCCCUGAUGAGGCUGUUACCAAGCUGGAAGAUGAGAUUAUCGCCAAACAAAAAUCAGAAGUCAAGGAACUUACUGCCAAAAUGGGCGCACUCGCCGUUAGGCAAAAAGAAUACAGCCUUGAGACGUUUCCAGAGAGGCCAUCGUUUGGCUCUGCUGGGAGACCCGUUGUGGUGUGGGCCAACUACUUCCCAGUCGACUUCAAAAUACCCAUUGUAUACAAGUACGUCCUCCACGUAACUGAAGAAACGACUUCUACUGCUAAGGGCAACCCGACGACGGAGACCAAGGAUGUUAAGGGCCGAAAGCUUCAUCUUGCCGUACAACAUGUUUUGAAGGAGUUGGCCACCAGAAACAAGAAUGUAGCCUUGGCAUCCCAGUUCAAAAAUCAGAUUCUUUCUGUGAAACGACUGAGCAUACCCAGCAACCCCAUGCGCAUUGUCAUCCCAGCUGAGAAUGAAGGCGAAGACCCCAACGUCGUUAGUGUCUUAAUUGACGCGCCUACCGAGGUCAAUAUAUCUAAAAUGACCUCCUACGCCCAAAGCAUGGACGAUAAGGGCGACAGAAAUACGUACCCAAAGUUUCCUGAGGUUAUUGAUGUCUUGGAUAUUAUCCUGGGCCAUAAUGCUCGGUCCAAACUAGGGGAAAUCACAGCCAUCGGAGGAUCGCGUUUCUUUCCAUUCAACAAACAUGAAACUACCGCCAGUCUGGCACAGGACUAUCGCUCUCUCAUUGCUGCGCGCGGGUUCUUUCAAUCGGCUCGACUGGCAACUGGCCGCCUUUUGCUAAACACCAAUGUCACACACGGCGUGUUUAGGGUUUCUGGGAAACUAGACCAAGUCAUGAGCAACCUCAAUAUUCGCCAAGUUGGCCCUAAAGAUGAUCACAGGCUGAAGAGGCUUGUUGCUGCCUUUGCCAAGUUCUUACCCAAGACCAAGGUUUGGGUGACCUUCACUACUGAGAAUGGAACCAAAGUCCGAAGAAGCAAGACUCUUCACGGCAUCGUGACCAAGCUUACACUGAGAACGGCUGAGGGUGUUAAACGACCGGCCGUCGAAGGAGCGCCCGAAUUUCCAGGACCUAAACAGAUCAGCUUUUGGCUGCAGGAGAAAGAGCAGUACAUCACUGUCUACGAUUACUAUAAACAGAAGUACGGCAUGAAUCUCAGAGAUUUUCCAGUUCUGAAUCUCGGCACGGCCAAACGUCCAACAUUCUAUCCUGCCGAAGUUCUUGAGAUUCAGCCCGGUCAAAGCGUCAAGGCCAAGCUGACGGGCGACGAGACCACAGCGAUGCUCGCGUUUGCAUGCCGAACUCCUUACGAAAACGCGCUGUCCUUGUCUCAAGAUGCUCGGGAUGUUCUUGAGUACGACAACAACACGACUCUUAAGAAGUUCGGGGUCUCUGUUGGUGAAAGCCUUGCCACUGUCAACGCUAGAGUUCUAAACGUGCCCGCGGUAGCAUAUAUUGAUGCUACUAAGAAAAAGGUCGCGGUAACACCUUUCAACGGGUCAUGGAACAUGAAGUCAGUUAGAAUCUUCAAGAGGGGUAAUCCAAUCUCGAGAUGGACCUACAUGAACGUGGUUGGCUCUGAACAUGACAAAAUGGUAGGCGAGGGUACCAUGAAGGAAUUCGCGACAUUCAUGGCCGACAACAUGGGUGUCAAUAUCGCCAAAGCGCCUAUCAAGCCUCCCAAGGAUUACAUGAUCAAGACCAGCGCCCAGGGGCUAGGCCUGUCUAACUUCUUUAAAUGGGCUACGGGUCAAAAAAUCCAGUACAUCAUGUUCAUUCUUGGCCAAAAGGACAGCGGUGCUCUAUAUGCCCAGAUCAAGCGCUUCGGAGAUUGUGACCACGGCAUACACACGAGCUGUCACGUAGCCAAGCACUUGUUCAAGGAGAAAAAUUUCUCCUACUACACCAAUGUCGGGCUGAAAGUCAACCUCAAGUCCGGUGGCGUGAACCACAAGCUCAACAACGAAUUUGGUCUCAUUAAGGAAGGCAAGACGAUGCUGGUGGGCUACGAUGUCACUCACCCUACCAACAUGAACGUGGUACCGGGCAAAGAACCACCAAGUCUUGUCGGUCUCGUCGCCUCCGUUGACCAAGAUCUCGCACAGUGGCCCGCCGUGGCAUGGCAGCAAAAGGCCAAGCAAGAAAUGCUCGGCAGCCCACUCACCGACGCCUUCAAGUCCCGCCUGCGCCUAUGGCAAGCUAAGAACGCCAACAGACUGCCCGAGAACAUUGUCAUUUUCCGUGAUGGUGUUUCGGAAGGCCAGUUUGUACAAGUCCUAGAGACGGAGCUGCCUAUGAUUAGAGAAGCAUGCCGCAGCAUGUACACCGUGAAGCAGCCCAAGCUGUCUAUCAUCGUGUCUGUAAAACGACAUCAAACAAGGUUCUACCCGACCAGCCCGGGUGAAAUGUCUCGCUCGGGCAAUAUCAAGAACGGCACAGUUGUCGAUCGCGGCGUCACCCUCGCCAAGUGCUGGGACUUUUACCUCACCGCCCACGACGCCCUACAGGGAACUGCUCGGCCAGCCCACUAUACCGUCCUACUCGAUGAGGUCUUCAUAUCCAAGUAUGGCGACCGAGCGGCAGACGAGCUAGAGGGCAUGACCCAUCAGCUCUGCUACCUGUUUGGGCGGGCUACAAAGGCCGUGAGCAUUUGCCCCCCCGCGUACUACGCUGAUAUUGUGUGUGAGCGUGCCCGCGCCCAUCUCCCCGAAUAUGACGCGAGUGAUGUGGAAAGUACGAGUGCGUCGACCGAGUCAUCAACCGGAGUAGCGAGACAAGUGCAUCCAUUGCUCAAGGACACGAUGUACUACAUGUAA